AUGUCUAUACCUUUUAUAUUCAGGUACUUCCUACUACUUGCUGUGUUGAUAUAUGGGUUACUUAAGCGUGGUAGUCUGGACUAUCCUCUUUUCUCGUAUGUUUCCUCUCCGUUUUCUUUUGUAGUGUCGAAUACUACUGCCAUUCAUCCACCAGUGCUCCAUUUACCUGUUCAUGUUCGGUUUGGAGAUGAAGGCUAUAACUUCCCAGAUUUGAUAAAGGCGGCACAGAUACAAUUGGAUGCAGAACUUACAAAUCUAGCAGUGAAAAACUGGACAGUGGAUUUGGUGGAUGAAUUAGAAAAUAGUAGAAGUCAAGUGGAUCAACAAUUGCAUAUACAUCUGGAUAUGUCUGUGUUACAAAGAAAUAUUCAAGGGAAAGUACAGAAAAGUCAAGAUAUUGGAGCGAAUAAUGAGUAUUCUCUCUUGAUAAUUAGAUCUAAUGAACUAUCUGUAGGAGUUGAUCCAGAGUUCUAUAGAGCAUAUUUAUUCUAUACGAUAGAAUCUGUACAUUCUAAUGAUCUUCCAUUUUAUAUUGCACAAACAGUUUUAUAUCCAUUUUUAGGUACAGAGAUUGAAUUAUUUGAACUGGAUUGUAAAGAUAUUGAACUCCAACAGAAUGAUUUAACGGUACAAUUUUCAAAUUACCCAGGAAUGAUGAUGACUGAAUCUUCAGAAUUUCUUGAUUGGGGAAAGGCUCUUGAUAAAAGGUUUACUCCAUUCCAAACUGCUAUAAAUGAUUACGUAAAUAUCAGUGUAAAAGUUGUCGAAUAUGAACAAAUUGAUAGUAAUAGUGCUGCUGAUUAUACAUUUAUUUGCACCCAAGAUGAGACUAUUAACUAUCCAAGAGUGGCAUGUUAUGAAGAUCUUUUGGACUUUAUCAAUCAAUCCGUACUAAAAAUUGAACAAAGUUUGAAAAUACCGGCUAAUCCUAACAAUAAUCUCAGAUUAAAGUUGCAAAUGAUGAAAAGAUGUUUGAUCAUGAAAAAAUAUAAGAAUAGAACCGAUCUGGAAAAAUUAUUAAACCCAGGGCGAAAACAACCUACUUAUUGGGACAAAUUAUAUAAAGAUGACAUAUUAUCUGAAGGUUCAGAAAUUCAAGAAAAUAAAGCAAAGGAUAUUCACUUGUACAUUCUUUUAUUGGUACUGGUUGCAACAUGGUGUAUUAUGUAA